AUGCCCGCGAGUACCGCAGUCGCUAACAACGGCGGGCCUGCUCCCGUCAGCAAUCAUGGCGGGCCCGACCCUCGGAGCCCUGGCGCGACCACCACCUCGAAGCAUACGAGCAGAUCGCGCACUACGAUACCAACCCCAUCCGGAAAAUGGAUCUUGGGCAAAACAAUCGGUGCUGGGAGCAUGGGGAAAGUGAAGCUAGCCCGGAAGGAGGACACAGGAGAGCAGGUCGCCUGCAAGAUUAUUCCCCGCGGCUCAACGGAAGAUACACAACAUCAGACCCGAGCAGACAAGGAGAGGGCGGACCAGUCCAAGGAAAUCAGGACUGCCCGAGAGGCCGCCAUUGUUACCCUUCUGAGCCACCCCAAUAUCUGCGGCAUGCGAGACGUUGUGCGCACCAACUACCAUUGGUACAUGCUCUGCGAGUAUGUCAACGGCGGUCAGAUGCUCGACUACAUUAUUUCCCAUGGCAAGUUGAAGGAGAAGCAAGCCCGCAAGUUCAGCCGUCAGAUCGCCAGCGCUCUCGAUUACUGUCACCGAAACAGUAUUGUCCACCGAGACCUCAAGAUCGAAAACAUUCUGAUCAGUAAAAAUGGAGACAUUAAAAUCAUCGACUUUGGGCUCAGCAACCUUUUCGCUCCACGCGGUCACCUCAAAACCUUUUGUGGCAGUCUUUACUUUGCCGCCCCGGAGCUACUUCAGGCAAGAGCCUAUACCGGGCCCGAGGUUGAUGUGUGGAGUUUUGGCAUCGUUCUUUACGUUCUAGUGUGUGGGAAGGUGCCGUUUGAUGACCAAAGCAUGCCCGCUUUGCAUGCUAAAAUCAAAAAGGGGUUGGUAGACUACCCAAGUUGGCUUUCGAGCGAAUGCAAACACUUGCUUUCCCGAAUGCUCGUGACGGAUCCUAAACAACGUGCCAGCAUGCAGGAAGUCAUGGUCCACCCGUGGAUGACGAAAGGUUACAGCAAUCCACUGGACAACGGGUUACCUCCACGAGAACCCCUCUCACUCCCAUUGGACUCCGAUGUUGUGAAUGCCAUGACCGGCUUUAAUUUUGGCUCCCCAGACGCUAUCAGGGCCCAGCUGGAACGGACAAUCGAGUCCGAAGAUUACCAACGUGCAGUCAGACUCUACCAGCGCGAGAAAGAGCUUCCCCAGCCUGCCAAAGACGUCGAAAAGAAGCGUGGAUUUGGCUUUGACUUCUAUAAGAGGAGGAACUCGGGCACCAGCCGUGACACUCUGACGGGUCCUAGUUCCGAGGCCCUCCAGCUAGGCAAUGAUCCUCUCAACGCGUUCAGUCCGCUGGUUUCAAUAUAUUACCUGGUGCGAGAGAAACAAGAUCGCGAUCGCGCUGAGAAGAACCCUGGGGCUGCUAGUGCAUUCAAGGAGAAGGAGAAGCCUGCGAUCCCCGAAAUCACGCCACCGCAGGAGGCUCAUACCAACUCCUCUGCCUACGAAAUGCCUGGUGAGAGGGUCACUGGUGGUCGUUCCCGCCCUCGAGCCAGGACACAUGGUGAAGACGAUGCCCCUGAUGCGGCAAAAAGUUCUCAACUUUCGCCAACAACCCCUCUGUCUCCAGAGGUGCCACCCGAGCCACUCCCAAAGAAGGAGAGCACCGCUGCAGGCAUCCUCCGUCGCUUCAGCACCCGGAGACGCAGGGAUCCGGAGAGGUCGGACAGAGACCGAUCUCAUCCGCCUGUCGUUCAGGUUCACUCACCUUCUGAGGCUCCUCCCGCACCGAUACCCCGGAAGAGCUUCAGCAUACGUCGCGGCAGACGGGAACGGGAAGAACCAGACCCUCUACCGCUGCGAUCCGGUGGCAGUCAGCCACAGCACGGGGAUCUUCUUAGCCCUCCCUUGUCCGCCGGGGGUCAAUCGUCACGGCGCAAAGGCUUGGGUCGAUCGACUAGUGUGAACUCUGCAGACUUGCGUCGCCGUGGGUCAACCCGGACACCGAAGGAACCACCCCCGACAAGUGGCUCAGACCAGUCGACGGCCACCGACCGACCUCCACCCGUAUCAAGAGACAGCCAGCAAGCACGAGCCGCAUCCAUGAGAGCCAAGUCACUCGGUCAUGCCAGGCGCGAGAGUAUUCAGCAGCGCAGGCUUCGCCGGGAGGAAGCAAGAGAAGCAAAUUUGCCGGAGGAGACAGAUCAAGAACAAGGCGAUCAGAGUGGUGUGUCCACCGACAGGCUAGACAGCUCAGAUUUGGCCAAGCCUGUCUUCCUGAAGGGCUUGUUCAGUGUUUCGACGACUUCAACCAAGAACGUGACAGAAAUCCGGGCGGAUAUCAAGCGGGUGCUCAAGGGCCUCGGGGUUGACUAUACCGAGAUCAAGGGUGGCUUCUUGUGUAAGCACACACCUAGUAUUGACCUCAAGAAAGUACAAGACGUUCCUGGUAGCCCCGGGCAGGCGCCGCCAGGUCACAGGAGACGCUUCAGUUUCGGCGCAAUCAGAGGCGGCGACCGGGAACGAGAGGACUUACCGGCAACUGAUCGAGGGCCAAGCACGCCGCGUGGCUCUGGUCGGACCGAGGCAGAUCGCAGUUAUUCUAACUCGGACGUCUCACUUGAUAGCGUCUCACGAGAAGCCGGAGGAUCAUCCAGAAGAGUCCCGGGUGAGACAAGCACUCACGUCCAGAGCGAUCUCGGCGGAAGUAUGGUCCUUGAGUUUGAGAUAUUCAUUGUCAAGGUCCCGUUGCUGUCCCUCCACGGAAUCCAAUUCAAGCGACUAGUGGGAAACACUUGGCAGUAUAAGAACAUGGCUGAUCAGGUUCUGAGGGAGCUUCGUCUUUAG